AUGAGCUUUGCGAUCGGGCCUUUCACUCAGCAGGCUAUCAAGAGCAGACCGUGCACUCAGGUGGUGGCCAAGGUCAACUCAACGCUGCCUGUUGCGAACUAUGUGCCCGACACGAGCAAUUUCUAUCGAAUUGCUGCCGGCGAGUGGGAGGUUGAGGUGGACAUGAAGGGCACCAUGAUUAAUGGCCUCACCAAUCCUCAAGGCAACGACACAGCGGUGAUUGCGUCCUGCCCCACAGGCAACUGUACGUUUCCAGACUACGGCACUGGGGUUACGCAUGCAAGUAUCGGCAUGUGCAGCAAGUGCAUCGAUACAACCAGCCUCAUAUCCCCACCGAACGACGUCGGGAACAUCUCCCUUCCUGAUGGAACCACAAUCAAUUUCGGCUCCGACGCACCCUGGCUUACAGUGCGAAUGAGCAAUCUUAGCUACGCCCAAAGCAUGUUCUCAGCUGACUUUGCGGAGGCAGCUCCCUCAGCUCUCGCCAAUAUCAGCAUACUAUCUGUGUCACAGUCAACAUGCACAAACUCAUCCAGUGGCUUGACCUGUCCUCACGAUUGGAGCAACAACACGUACGCUGGUACAGCAGAUGCGGUGGCCACCAGCUGCACCAUCUAUCCCUGCCUUCGGUCCUACUUUGGAUCAGUUACCAGCGGUAUUCUCGACGAGCGUGUCGUGUCCACCAAACCAGCACCAUUUAACUUCUUCGAGACAAAUGAGAGCUACAGCUACAUCAUAUACAAUUACACAGCUCUACGCUCGCCGUGCGUACUUGAUGGGGCUGUCUAUACUGACACCAAUGUGUCAAAUGCCCCCCAUACUGCUGACCGACGAUUCGUCACCAUCAACAUAGACGGGAGGAACAUCACUGCGCCGGACGAGUGUCUCUACAAGCUGUACGGCGUGUACGGGCAGGCACUCCAGGCAUUCAUGUACACGCUGUUCAACGGGCGCUGCAACUACAACGCGCGACAAGGCGGCGAGCUGUGGUGUCCCAACUGGUGGUGGUUGAGUCCCCUGUACAGCGAGAGAAAUGCGAGUUUUGCCUCGCUCUCCCGUCAGAUUGAUGACUUCGCGACGGCUAUCACGAACAAGUUCCGCAGCACCGGCAGUGGCAACUACGUGCCAAGGGCGAUUGACGCGCUUGCGGUUGUGGCGCAGGGACAGGUCUUUGAGACUACGGUGUGUACCUACUUGGACUGGAGGUGGCUAUUGCUUCCGGGAGGACUGGUGAUUGCGUCUGCACUGCUUCUGGUGUGGAUGGUGAUGAGGAACUAUGGGGAACCGGGCCAGCCGGUCUGGAAAGGAAACGUACUGCCUCUGUUAUUUUUCGGCUUGAGGAACGGGAUUGGUGGGCCAGGGCCUCAGACACAGGCGUCACAACCCCGACUUAUGGAGUUGGAUGAGAUUCAAGAUCUAGCGAGGACAAUGAUUGUGAAGUAUCAUACAGGACCGCAGCCGGGUUUCGAUGUCGGCCCUGGAGAUGACGGUGGACAAGUUAGGAGAGACAGGGACAUUGAUAUGGACUCUCUAUUGGGUGAUCGGUAG